AUGACAACCGCGGAAACGUCUGAUCUUCUCAACCUACGAUCUGUCGUAUUGUCCAAUCUGCAGCAUCAGCACUACUGGACUGAUAUUAAACUGCUCGAUACCCAGGUGGACAUCGACGAGAACACACAGAAUGACCCGCUUCCCCGACCUAUGAUCUAUGGACGGCCUCCAGAGCAGCUGUACAAUCCAGAACCAGCUUCCUCAACAAACGAGGCCUCUUCGUCAGAAAAGCCUCCCGCGGACAAGGAAUAUGUCUUACCAGUUCACCUCACCGAGAAAUUGACGUUGAGGACGUGGGCUUCCGUUUUUGAUAACCUCCCCACGCCCUCAGGAGCAGCAGAAGGAGGAGAAGGAGGAGGAGAUGCCAAAAAGAAACGGAUUGUCGUUGCAGUUGUGUCUGGAGACAGCACGGUCGUCUACUAUAUCAUGCAUGAUGGGAUUGUCAAGCCUCGCCAAAACUGA